AGGCCAGUAGGUGGAACCAAGAGGGCUGGCAGAUAAAAAUGGAAGAGGGAAAGGGGACCUCAAUCUUUAACAACUGGCUGCUGCGUGUACAUAUAUACAGACAGACAGACAGCCAGACAGACAGAUAGACGGACAGACAGACAGGUUGGUCGAGAGUGAUGGAUUCCAAUGGAUAUGAUCAAUUCCACGGGCCUGAUCAAUUGAAUAGUUACCACGGUCAGAAAGUCAUCAUAUAUCGAGGCAGGAGGAUCACAGUGGCGUAUGUGCUGUAUGGGAUUGUACUGUUACUCUUGCUGAUAUUGUUGCUGAUCACUGGAGUCAAGUUCUCCCAGCUCAGCCAGGAAGUCGCAGACAUCAAACUUUUCAUCGCGUCGGUAAACGCCUCGCUGGCGGGGUCUCUCGCCAAACUGUCCAAAACAGACGCUGUUACAAUCCCGCUUCCCCAUCACUUUGAGCACCACACUCUAGAGAGAGGGCCCUGCGACGAAGACUGGGUCUUCUUCCAGGGCAGCUGCUAUCAUCUCUCCACGAAGAGGGCCAAUUGGCACAAUGCGCAGCAGAACUGUGACCAGAUGGGCGCACAUUUGAUCGUUGUCAACAACGCAGACGAGCACGAGUUCGUAACGGACCUGCUGUCCCUGAACAGCUACUGGAUCGGGCUGAUCGAGAGAGAGGAGGGGCACUGGACCUGGGUGGAUGGGACUGACUUUGCAACAACUCCACAGUUUUGGGACGUGGGCCAGCCAGAUGAUUGGGACGUAAUUGUAAAUGGUGAGGACUGUGGUCAGAUCCAACAUAGCGCAAAUCACGAGCCGCGCUGGAAUGACGCCGACUGCACCCUGCGCCACCUGUAUAUCUGCGAACAGGAGGAAAAAUAACCCUCUGAACCGCUGGCGCCCCCUGGGGGACGGAUGGCUCCCAAAGCAAGCACCGUAAUGAUGGUAAAGCGUGAACAUGCGUGAGGGACGAACCAGAAGUUAAACUAUUUUCCCUCUGAAUCUGCUUUUUAGUGUUCCAAUAUUUUUGUAAAUAAAAGGACCAC